AGACUGCAGUAGCGUGGCGUAAUAGUCACCCUUAAAACAACUACAAGGGUUGUGAGUGUUAACGUGUUUCUUAAUUUGGGGGUUUUUACAUUUUACAAGUCUUUGUAAAUCUAGAGACUAAAAAUGCGUGCUCUCAUCAUACUAUUUACGGCUUGCCUUUUGGGACAUAAAACACAUGCUUGGGGAGGACUUUUUAAUAGAUUUUCGCCCGAAAUGCUCGCAAACAUGGGAUAUGGGGGACAUGGAGGUUUUAUACAGAGAACAGGCGACGAUGACAAGGGAAUUUUAGAAGAGUAUACCAACGAAGGCGAGGAGGAGCCCUGCUAUGGAAAACCAUGCACUGCCAACGAGCACUGCUGCCCCGGCUCUGUUUGUGUCGACGUAGAUGGAGUAGUCGGAUCGUGUUUAUUUGCUUACGGGCGCAGAGUUGGUGAAUUGUGCCGAAGAGACAGCGAUUGCGAAUCAGGCUUAGUAUGUGCGGAAGCAGAACCAGGUGUUUCGACCCGAGUAUGCAGACCCCCUGUUCAUCAAGACAAACAAUAUUCCGAACCUUGCAACAUGUCAAGCGAGUGUGACAUCUCCCGCGGCUUGUGUUGCCAAUUGCAGAGACGUCACCGACAAGCUCCGCGGAAGGUCUGCUCCUACUUCAAGGAUCCGCUCGUGUGCAUAGGGCCCGUGGCCUCCGACCAGAUCAAAAGUAAUAUCCAGCACACGGCCGGGGAGAAGAGGCUCACAGGACUGGCCGGUUUUAAAAGACCUAUGCACUAAAUUUGUAACAAAACAUGUACAUUUCAACGUUACUUUGGAAGUUACGUCGUACGGUUACAUCGAUUAUAGGUUUUUGUUGUACACUACUACGGUUUUAUUGAUUUGAGGAAUUCUAGUGUUAUUAGUUCGAGCCCUCCAAUAGAAACGUACAACGUAAGUUCUUGAUCGCAUUAACAUCCGUAAGCGUAUUGAUUUCAAUUUUACAUAUUGGCUGAGGUAUUUAUAGUGUUUAAGGUGUUUUCAAUCAAAUUUUAAAUCUGGCCUAGAUUUAGUAUUGAGAUGAUAAAAAAUACAUAUCGUAGUACUUAUAUAGUUGUAAGGGAGAUUUUACUGAUUGUGCUUCUCGUAGAACGCACAAGAGUUAUAUUUUACAGAAUAAUAUUUCAGAACUUUUAACCGUCUAACUGUGAUGAUUUAUUAUUAUUUGCGCCAGGAAACCUUUCGCGAUUAAUUACUAAGUUGUGAAUAAUGGCAGAAAACAAAUAGCAGCAGUGCUAAAUUGAUCGCGGACAAGGAUUUCAAAUACUGCUUCACAUGUUUGAGCGCAAAGUUCUCGAUGGAACGAGAUUGAUACAUAUCAUAAUAUACAUAUCAUAUAGUUAUAUUGAUGUUAUAUUACUUUACUGUGAAACAUAUAAGAGAUAUUAAAUAAAUGUCUACAGCAAA